GAAUCAUUUGAACGUUCCUGAAACAAAUUUAAACAUUCACUUUCAAAUUGAGUCAAGGCGUUAAACGUAUCAAUUAUUCCACACAGCAACAGAUGAGGUCAGAUGUGUCAAAAUAGCUCAAACCCGGAAGUAUUUCCCUUUUUAUUUUUUAAAAAAACUAGAAACGGACCACACCUUGCUUGUAAAGUUGAAGCAUGUAUCGUAGAUUAUAGUCUUCUUAUCAUAAAAACAUUAAUGUUGGGUAUGUUUCAAAUUGGGCGAAAUCACAAUCAAGUGCAAAAUUUCUAUCAACAGUGAUACAAACAGUUUACAUGUAUGAAGAUGCAAAAUAUUUAUUUGAACUAUUUCAAAUUCAUAUUUGUUUUUCAAGAGUGGUCAGGUUAGAUGCUGAGACAUUUUAUUGACCAAGCACUCUUUCCCAAUGAUAGACAGGGUUAGAAUGACGUAUCUAUAAAUAGUAACACGUCAAAACUAUUUCAAGUAAAUCCGAAAAUUGUGAUCCGUUACGUUACCACAACCUGUAUCGACUGCAUGGGACAUGCAUAACGUAACGAGCUGCCAUUGAGCCCAGAUGUCCUAUGUCUUCAGGGGAGAACUGACUGAACAUGUUCCGUCGGAGAUUAUUUGUACAGAGGAUUUUUUAAGAGACGAUUAUCUUUUUCUCUUCAGGGGGAUUUUCUGCUGCUAUGGACAGUUUGAAUUUCAGCCAUUAUCCAGUGAUGGUGGGUCAACAGUGCCUCUGCCUGCUGUUAUUCAGAACUCUUGUGUCUCCGAGCAGACUCCACAGUGUGUAGCUGGGCAUAUUGGGGAGGGAUUUGAAGCAGUGGCCAUAAGACUGGGCCUACCAAAGGUGUUCAUAGACAGGUGUAAGAUGUCUCACUCCUCGCAUCACAUGCAGGUGUUUCACAUGAUGUACACGUGGAGGCAGAUAACUGGGACACAAGCUACGGUCAGGGUUCUGAUGGAUGUUCUGGCAGACUCUGUACACGUGUGUGAUGUUGAUGUGGACGCCGUUGUAAGGCUGUUGAAGACAAUGGAGUAAAUGUCAUGGAUUUGAUUUAUGAUGUGAGUCUAAGGAAAAGCUAUAACCAGAAGCUGCAGGAAACAUGUACUUGUAGACGCUGCAGGCUGGAAAGGUGUAGUUAGAGUCAGAAUGUAUUUUGGUCAAAUAUAUUUCUCUUCACAGUUAUAUGGGCCGAUAUCAUAUCUACCGGCUUCACAUCCUAAUGAGAACCUUAUUCAUGAGUUUUCUAUGCUCGUACGCAGAUGAGGAAGGAUGGCUUCAGCACUAUCAUUUCGAGAAACAUUCACACCUUGUAUCCAUGGUGGGAUUUCUGUUGUGACGAAUAAGAAGCAUAUGGGUGUCAGAUAUACUCAGUUCAGCAUGUUACUAUAACGGCCAUGAGAAGAGACCAGUAAACACUCUACGUUUCUAUAAACGUUGUUGUUCUUCGAUCAAAAGAUAGUGAUCCUUUGUGUGUCUGUGUCAGUGUCUGUCUAAAUCUAGCUUGUGCAGCUGUGUCAUGGGCAUCUCCCUGCUGCUGAAGCUGAAAUAUUACACACUGGAGACACGCCUGCUAGCUGCUGACCUCUCGUUGUGUAUAACAAAUAAUCACUGCAAUGACGAUCCGAACAUUCUGACAAUAUGUCAGUGACAGGUUUUAUGCUCGUCAUCGAUAAAUCAGUCAUGGUCACGACUGGGGACGUAA